AUAAAUAGUUCAACGAUUGUUUUCCAAAAGCACGUGGUAAUUCAUAAUCGUCAAAAUGACGAAAAUUAGGAAGGUGAAACGUAGGAAGAAGUUUCGUACGAACGUAAAUCGUAAACGAUUGAGGAAUAAGUUGCGCAAAUUACCGACGAUCACAUGUUCUGAAAUAAAACAAUCGUGGGAAGUGACGAAGUCUACGCGGACUAAUUUAAAGCAGAUGGGACUAACAUACGAUCCAAAUGAAACUUUGAAAAUACCUAAAACAAAAACAGAGACCAUUGAAAAGGUGACACAGUGGAAAGUUGAUGAUGCUGCAAAGAAUUCACAAAAUAAAGAAGAAGAUAUUGAAAUGGAACCAGCAAAAAUUCAUGUAGCACAGGAACUUGAAACACAAGCAAAAGCACCAAGGAGGAGGAUGUUGAGGCUACCAAAUAAUCAUGUACAUUUUCUUACCUACUUAAUGGACAAGUAUGGGGAAGAUUACAAGGCUAUGGCACGAGACAAGAAGAAUUACAAUCAAUUAACAUGGAAGCAAAUACGUGCUAAAAUUAAAAUGUUCAAAGGUAUCCCUGAGCAAUACAAUGAAUAUCUUCAAAGCAAAAAUAUGCAACAGUAA